GCUAUAAACACAAUACGAGCGACGGCGAAUAUUCGUCGUACUCGGCGAUGCCGUCGGACGGAUUUUCGCCGAGUGUUGCCGCCGUGUAAACCACAAUACUAACGAUUUUCGCUGCAACUGUUAGUGCUUGUGAGUCUAAAAAAAUAUGAAUCCGCGUAUUUUAAAUUCCGUUCAAGAAGAAGAUGGUGGAUACGACCCGUGAAUUUAACAAAAAAGGAAUUAGGGUUUCAUGAUACUUGUUUUAAACCGCUGAAAUCAAUGGAUAAAGAGCACUUUUUCUAAGCAACAAGGAUGAGUGUUGACAAAUUUAAUGCUCUUCUUUGUUUGAUAAAAGACAAGCUCCAUCGGUGUUCGAGAAGAGAACCGAUAAAUGAAGAAACACGUUUGGCAAUUACAUUGAUGUACUUAUCUCAAGGAUGCUGUCUUAAAUUUCUGGCAUGGUCUCACAAAAUUGGACUUUCAACGCUGAGGAAAAUUAUUUACGAAACUUGCGCUGCAAUUUGGAAUGAAUUACACACAGUUUAUGUUACUCAACCAAACCAAUCCGAAUGGAGAAACAUUUCUGAAAGAUUUUAUAUAAAAACCGGAAUGCCGCACUGCCUAGGUGCUAUUGAUGGCAAACAUAUUAACAUAGCUUGUGACUCCGACUAUACAUUUCCUUUUGUUGAUGUUAGGGCAGUAGGAAGUCAAAACGAUGGCGGAAUUUUCGCCAAAAGUGCUUUUGGGAAAAUGAUAUUAAGAAGAAACAUCGUAUUGCCUCCUCUCGAUCACCUUCCGGGUACAAAUAAAGACUUCCAGUAUUUCUUUGUGGGGGACAAUGCUUUUCCACUUAAGGAAAACCUUAUGCGUCCAUAUCCUGGCCGCAACUUGUCGCCUCUGAAGCAACAAGCUAUCUUCCGCCAGAGUUUACAUCGAAAAUGCGUUUGGUAUAUUAGCGAAUAGGUGGAGAAUAUUACAUAGCAAUAUACAUGCAGCACCAAAAUAUAUUGACAAAAUAGUGUUAGCAACAGUUGUGCUACAUAAUUAUCUCAUGCUAAACAGGAGCUCGGGAUAUUUUACUGAAGAGUUGGUGGACCAUUCGGAAAAUGAUGCUUUCGUUCCUGGAAUUUGGAGGCAAAUAACUUCGCAAAGUCCAACGUUUCGAAUUUCGCAAGCCAACCGUUCAACGACGGAGGCGUUUGCAUCGAGAGACGAAUUGGCGGAGUAUUUAUUUAAUAAUUAAGCCAGUAUUUUCUGAAAUUUUAUUAAAUUUCUUUUUCAUUCCGUAAAAUUCAUAUAAAAUAACAAAAAGCGUUCCUAUUUCAAAAUAACAAUUGCACUACAGUGUAACAAAAAACAAUUCAUAAGAAAUAU